AUGUUCCGAAGUUUAUUAGUACCAAGAGCGGCCGUGAGGUCAGCUUUCAAGCAACAAUCUUCUCUUCCUACAGUAGUUGCCCCUUCAGCAAUUGCGAGAAGCUCGAAACGAAAUUACGCUUCAGAAGCAGAGCAGGAUGAUCUGGUUAUCAUCGGAGGUGGUGUCGCGGGUUACGUUGCUGCAAUCAAGGCUGGGCAGGAGGGCAUGAAGGUUACAUGUAUCGAGAAGCGCGGAACACUAGGUGGCACAUGUCUUAACGUUGGCUGCAUACCUUCGAAAGCUCUGCUUAACAACUCACAUUUAUACCACCAAAUCCGACACGACACGAAAAACCGCGGUAUCGAAGUUGGCGAUGUCAAGCUCAAUUUGGGACAGAUGAUGAAGGCAAAGGACACUGCAGUUUCUGGUUUGACAAAGGGUAUUGAAUUCUUGUUCAAGAAGAACAAUGUCAGAUAUAUCAAGGGCACAGCAGCAUUCGCCGACGAGCACACAGUCAAGGUCAACCUUUCUGAAGGCGGAGAGGAGACAGUUAUGGGAAAGAACUUUAUUAUUGCCACUGGUAGUGAGGCUACCCCUUUCAAGGGGCUCGAGAUCGACGAGAAGAGAAUUGUCACAUCCACCGGAGCUAUCGCGCUCGAGAAGGUCCCGGAAAAAAUGAUCGUCAUCGGAGGAGGUAUCAUUGGUCUUGAGAUGGGAUCAGUAUGGUCGAGAUUAGGAGCAAAGGUCACCGUAGUAGAGUUCCUGGGACAAAUCGGUGGACCAGGCAUGGACAACGAGAUUGCGAAAGCCGCGCAAAAGAUCUUGAAGAAGCAAGGUAUCGAUUUCAAGCUCAAUACCAAGGUCAUGGGUGGAGAUGUCACCAGCGACAAGAUCAGCCUCCAAGUUGAAGCUGCGAAGGGUGGCAAAGAGGAGACGCUCGAUGCCGACGUAGUUCUCGUCGCCAUUGGCCGACGACCAUAUACCGCUGGUCUCGGAUUAGAAAACAUUGGCCUCGAGACCGACGAUAAGGGACGUCUAGUCAUCGACUCAGAAUACCGCACCAAACUUCCUCACAUCCGCGUUAUCGGAGACUGCACAUUCGGACCCAUGCUUGCGCACAAGGCCGAGGAAGAAGCAGUCGCAGCAGUCGAGUACAUCCAAAAGGGUCACGGCCACGUCAACUACGGUGCCAUCCCGUCCGUCAUGUACACACACCCCGAGGUAGCGUGGGUUGGACAGAACGAGCAGGAGGUCAAGGAAUCCGGUGUGAAGUACAAGGUCGGCACGUUUCCCUUUUCCGCCAACUCGCGAGCGAAGACGAACAUGGAUAGCGAGGGGAUGGUCAAGAUGAUUGCAGAUGAGGAGACGGAUCGUAUCCUGGGCAUCCACAUCAUUGGUCCAAAUGCUGGUGAACUGAUUGCUGAGGGUACCCUGGCUAUCGAGUAUGGUGCGUCAAGUGAGGAUGUCGGUCGCACAAGUCACGCACAUCCUACGCUUUCGGAGGCGUUCAAGGAGGCUGCUAUGGCUACGUAUGGAAAGGCUAUCCAUUAUUAG